AUGUCCGAUGACAAGCGAUUAAAGGAGUUCCAACAGCAAAAUAAGAUCGUUUUCGAUCCUAGUACUAGGUCAGUAUGGGAAACCCAGGAUAAAGACUCGAAAUUAGACAACGCUUUGGGCAGUUCAAAUGAAAAUGAUGACUCGAAAGCUGUAAUUGAUAGAGAUCAAGGUACAACGUCAGGUAUUGUACCAACAUUACAAAAUAUUGUGGCUACAGUCAAUUUGGAUUGUAGACUUGACCUUAAAACAGUUGCUUUGCAUGCUCGUAACGCUGAAUAUAACCCAAAACGGUUUGCUGCUGUUAUUAUGCGUAUAAGAGAACCUAAAACAACAGCUUUAAUUUUUGCAUCCGGUAAGAUGGUUGUAACGGGUGCUAAAAGUGAGGAUGAUUCUAAAUUGGCGAGUCGGAAAUAUGCAAGAAUCAUUCAGAAAAUUGGCUUCAGUGCCAAGUUUACCGACUUUAAGAUCCAAAAUAUUGUGGGAUCAUGUGAUGUUAAGUUUCCUAUCCGUCUAGAGGGUUUGGCUUUCAGUCACGGCACUUUCUCCUCAUAUGAGCCGGAGUUAUUCCCUGGUUUGAUUUAUAGAAUGGUGAAGCCUAAGAUCGUUUUAUUGAUUUUUGUUUCUGGGAAGAUUGUGUUGACUGGUGCAAAACAAAGGGAGGAGAUUUACCAAGCCUUUGAAGCUAUCUAUCCGGUGUUAUGUGAAUUCCGGAAGCUAUAA